AUGGAGGCUGCUACUGCAGCUGCCAACACGGAGCAUGAUGUCGACGAUGACAGCAAGAAGGUCAAGGAGUGGUGGGGACGACCGGGAUGGGGACAUCGCUGGGGAGGCUAUGGAUGGAGGCGUCCUGGGUUGGGCACGGUGGUGGCUGGGGUGGAUACGGUGGCGGCUGGGGAUGGAUGUGGACGUCACACAUCAACGAACACCCAUCGACACGCUUGCAACCUGCCGCACUCUCACACGGACGGAACAGAACAGAAGGCGCGACUGCGAAAAUGUACGGGGCCAAUCAAAUGGAAAUCGGCAUGCUCAUUCAGCCUCGGCUUUUCUCAACGGCUCCUGGUGAGUUCGUCCAAUGUUUGUUCUGAGGUCGCCACAUUGGUUCAAGCAUAUCGCAUCCAUUGA